GUUGAUUUCUUUUUGUUUCAAAUGAUUUAAUCUUCUUGUUUCCUUUGUUAAUUUCAAUUGUUUAUCUAAUUAUUUUGUAAUGAUUUACAAAUCAAUUGUUAACCAAUCAAAUUUCAUGAGAUUGUUUCGUUUAGAAGGUAAUGUUAAACCGACUAAUUAUGUUUCUUUUUUAAAAGAAAAGGAAAAACAUGUUUUGUUACCAAAUCGUUUUCUCCACACUAGUCAACCUAAUUAUCGAGAUACAAUUAUACCAAAAAAUGCUAAAUCUGGUUCUUCAUUUGAAUGGCUUAAAAGACAAUUAAACGAUCCAUAUGUGAAAAAAGCUCGUUAUGAGAAUUAUCGUGCUCGAAGUGCUUUUAAAUUAACUGAGAUUGAUGAUGAGUUUAAAAUUCUUAAACCUGGAGGGAUAAUCAUUGAUCUCGGUGCUUCUCCUGGUGCUUGGACUCAAGUCAUGGUCAGACGAUGUUACCCUGAAAGUGACCCGAAAAAUGUUAAUGGAACCUUGAUCAUUGGUAUUGACAUUUCUGGAAUCGCUCCGAUUGAAGGUGCAGCCGUGAUACCCAACACUGAUUUUACUAAUCCAUUAAAUCAAGCAAAGAUAAUUGAACUUUUAAAAGAUCGUAAGGUGGACACCGUUUGUAGUGACAUGGCUCCCAAAGCCUCUGGUCAAGCUGAACUUGACCAUCCAGGGAUAGUUAAAUUGUUUCUUUCGGCUCUUCAGUUUUCAAUUCAAGUAUUAAAACCAGGAACUGGAAUAUUUUUGGGUAAACUUUGGGAUGGUUAUCGAACCAAGGAAAUUGAUAGUUUGAUGAAAACUCUUUUUGAAACUGUGAACAUCGUUAAACCGAAGGCAAGUAGAGACGAAUCGGCGGAAUUGUUUUUGUUGGGAAUUAAUUACAAAGGUUUAAAACAUUGAAUCAACUUAAUUACCCAGUCGAGUGAAAAAUUG